AUGUCUUUUGCCACACACAAUACAGAAAGUCUUCUGCACUGUUUAUUAGGCACCUGGCCAACUUCAGGACAGGCUCAUCCCCAGUCAAUAAGAAAGAAAUACAGGCUGUAUUCUCCUACUGCUCUCACCAAUGCCUAUAAGUCCGUAAAAGAAGAAGGAAUGAGUGUAUUAGCUGCUUCAAAAUUGUAUAUGGUGCCAGAAAAUACUUUGAGAGUUCGUGUUCUAGAAAAGAUUGAUCCUGAAAAUGUAGUUAUGGGAAAACUUCCAUUAUUCAGCCAGUAUGAAGAGGCAAAAAUUGUAGAUCAUAUUAAAACAAUGGCAAGGUAUGGCUACGGUUAUACUGUCCAAGAGUGUGUAGAUCUUGCAUCUGAUUACGCCGUACAGUUAGGUAAACGUCCAAAAGACAAACCACUCUCUACUAAAUGGUUGAAGGGUCUUAGAGAAAGAUGGCCUAAAAUAAAAAGAUUCACACCUAGAGCACUGGAACAUGUCAGAGCAAAAAUGGCUAAGGAAAGUGUAAUUUCUGAGUACUUUGAAAACUUACAGACAUGUGUUAACAAGUAUGACUUGACUGAUAAGCCACAUUUGAUCUUAAAUGUGGAUGAGAAGGGGGUUUCAGUGAACCACAAACCACCUGGUAUUGUAGGUGGUGGUGACAUUUGUCCACAAGCUGUUACUUCUGGUAAAGGCAACACGAUAACUAUACUUGGCUGUGGCAGUGCAAGUGGUAUCGCAAUACCACCAUUUUUUGUUUUCCCGGGGAAGAGAAUGAAUCCGGAUCUCAUGAAAGGUUCUACCCCUGGUACAUCAGGAACAGUAAGUGAGACCGGUUGGUCUAAUACAGAAGUAUUUCGUACAUAUCUUGAGAUGCACUUCCUAAAGUAUGUACCUGGUCGCAGUGAUGAGAAGAUUUUAUUGAUUCUAGAUGGCCAUCGUUCUCAUGUGUCAGUAGGUCUUGUAGAGUGGGCUAAGACUCACAAUAUAAUUCUGUUCCUCCUGCCUGCUUACACCAGUCAUAUCCUUCAACCGUUAGAUGUGUCAUGCUAUGGCCCUUUUGAAAAAAUGUAUAAUUUUCAAUGCCAUAAGUUCAUCCGCCAAACAGCAGCUGCCAUCACAAAAUAUAGUGUCUGUGAGAUACUAGUAUAG